AUUCAUCCAAAAAGGCUGGUUCCUUAUAGAGGAUGGCAACGACCUCCUUGCUCAGUUCAAGAGGAUUAUGGUCACAAAGGUCAUUCAUGAUAAAUGCUAUCACAAGGCAUAAGCACGCACGCCUGCCUGUGCGUACGUUGAAAAGGCAACUCCACAACACACCUAUCCUUCCAGCUUCGGACAAGACAUCUGCAUUUCGAAAUGUUUCUUUUUGGGGUCAUAUCGAUGCAGGAAAGACGACAUUGACUGAAAAGGUUCUUUACCUUGCCAAUGCGCUGGUUCCGCCUUCAUCGUCAAGUGAAAUCGCUGGCUCACAAAGCUCUCGCAUGCUACCGGGAGAUGUGGACAGUGGAAGUACAGUGACUGAUUUCCUUGAAGCAGAAAGGCAGAGGGGGAUCACCAUUCAAUCUGCUGCCGUCGGUCCAUUCGGAUGGAAAAGCGAGAAGAAUGCGGCAAAGAUUAUCUUGGUUGAUACGCCCGGACAUAUCGACUUCACCAUCGAAGUUGAAAGAAGUUUACGGGUCGCAGAUGGAUGUGUGAUCUUGAUCGAUGGUGUUGAAGGCGUGGAAAGCCAAACGGAAGGUGUUUGGAAGAUUGCAAAACGGUAUAAUGUUCGAUCGCAUGUUGCUUUCGUCAACAAGUUAGAUAGGAUGGGUGCUUCUAUAAUACGAAGUAUUCGAUCCAUCAUCCAAAAAGGUCUGCAUUCAAGACCGAUGCUAUUGCAAUUACCAGUUUUUGCAAGCAAGAGCUCCAUGAAUACGAGUGCAGGAUCUUCUAUGGACGAAGAAUGUUUGACCGGCUUGAUCGACCUCACUUCAACUCAACCUAUGAUGGUAAACUUCUUUGGUGGAAAAGCAGGCGAAAACAUUGAACGAUUACCAUUAGAAGAAGCGGUCAAAGAGGGCAGAGUGUUACAAUCUUUGGCAGAUGAAGCAUUCAGAGCAAGAUCUGUCAUUGUUGAAAAUGCAGCCAAUCUUGAUGAAAAAUUUCUUGAUCAAACUUUAAAGGCGAUGGAGAGCGAUAAUGCGGGGGACGACUAUACAGCUUUGAUCGACACUGAUUCAUUGCGACAAUGUAUACGCCGACUGGUAGUUCGUGGAGAAGUUUUGCCCGUGCUUUGUGGUAGUGCAGCUAGAGGUGUUGGUGUGCAGGCAGUCUUGGAUGCAGUUGUGGAUUACCUGCCGAGUCCAGGUGAAGCGGGUGACUUUGAUGCUGCUAUAGAGCGUAAUGUUACUUCAGGUUGUGUCUGGGGAGAAGUGCGAAUGACGAGAGACGAAAGAUCUGAUCCCAAAAAAGGACGGCAGAAGAAAGACAGAGCAAGCGUUGCACAAGAUGUUGCAAGACCUGGCCAGGAUCAUGUCAGCAUCUUGAUAGACGACCAAGCAUUGUCCCUCUUGGCCUUCAAAGUCGUCUGGGAUAAGAGGAAAGGUCCAAUGACAUUUGUGCGACUCUAUUCUGGAUCACUAACCCGAUCUUCCACCUUGCUAAAUACCAUGACUGGAUCGCGAGAACGUCUGAGUAAAAUUCUGUUCGUCUAUGCAGAUCGACACGUGGAAACGGAUAGACUUGAAGCGGGUCAGAUUGGUGUCUUGUUGGGAUUGAAGGAUACCCGAACAGGUGACACGUUGGUGGAUGUUCGAAUGCCGACGGGCAAGCCGUCAAAGAAAGAUGAUGGCGAUUCUUGGUCCAAAUAUGCAACCAGCUUGACGUUACGUCAAGUCAAUGUUCCACCACCAGUAUUCAGCAUGUCUAUCGAACCAUUGUCAAAAUCCGAUGAAGGUCCUUUGCGUGAGGCGUUAGACAUGCUUAUUCGUACCGAUCCAAGUUUGCAUCUUGAUCAAGGCACAACGUCAGGUGGAACAGCUUUGGGAUCCGUAGCAGCGUCCACAGGUGGUCAAAUGGUGUUGAGCGGAAUGGGAGAGUUGCACUUGGAGAUUGCCCGUGAUCGAUUGAGAGAAGAAUUUGGCGCAAAAGCGCACCUGGGGAAUGUACGGGUGAGCUACCGUGAGACGGUGGUGGAAACAGGUGAUCCGUCAAUUGAAGAACAUUCGAUUGACCGUGAUGUCUUGGGUCAACGUUUGAAAGCAUCCUGUUCAAUGUCCGUCCGUGCCCUUUUGCCUGAAGAGAUGGAAGAUGCACAUUUUGGCGGAAAUCAGAUCAUCAUUGAUGAGAUUGCAGAUGAAGGAGAUGAUGCACAAUCUUCAAAAGGCGAUUCCAAAACACAUCAACGAGGGCCAACAUCGACAUCCACAUUGGAAACAUUUGACCGCGACGCUAUCAGACGAGCAUUGCAAGCUGGCUUGACAGCUGCCCUUUCACGCGGUCCGUUGAGCGGGAAUCCAGUGACGGGAGUAUCGAUCCAUAUCAGUAAUGUUCAAUCGUAUGGUGCUGCUGUGUCACCUGCAAAAGCUUUCAGCCUUUUGGCUUCUCAAGCAUUACGGGAAUCUCUUCGAUCUGCUGGUGUAGUAUUGAUGGAACCAUUCAUGAAUGUGCGAAUCCAAUGUGACGAAGAAUCGUUAGGCAAAGUGGUUGCAAAUUUGACGAGUGAGCAAGAUGGUACCGUUGAGCAAGUUGAUCACGCAAUGGACGGGAAUGUAGAUCAAAAAGAUACCACAGAUACGGUUUACAUUCCAUCUCCAGAAGCGGUCAAAGAUGGGCCAUCAAGCAAUGUCGCUGCUAUGACAGGGUCGGACAGAUUGAGCAAUAGUGAUGGCAAGUGUACCAUUUCGGCUGUUGUUCCACUCGUUCGAUUGGUACGUUAUAGUUCGAUCUUGCGUGCAUUGACAAAGGGAAAAGCGACGUACGAGAUGGCUUUCCUUGGAUUCUCAAAGGUUUCACCAGAGCGUCAGAGGGAAAUUUUGGUCGGUUUGGGUCGCCUUUAGGCGUUUGUAUUUGUAAGCUUUUUCUGGUAAAGUGAUCCUACAGACUUCUGCAUUUGAAUGCCACGGUCAAUCUGGUGUGAUGGUGCGAAAUGAAAAAUUGACCAUGUUUGUUGCAUGGUGAGUCGAUGAUGGUACUGGCUGCAUGAGAAAUGUGUUAUGGAAGUUGAAUGACGAGUGGGUCUUGAAGAGUACGUCUUGAAUCACAAGUGGAUGAUGAUUGGAAUGAGAUUGGGUGGUGGGGGUUGCGUUCGAUC